AUGCCGACCUUUCGCCUGAAAACCGCUUUCCCCCUCAUUGCCCUAUUCUCCAUAGGUCUUUUCUUUUGGUGCAUCCAGCGAUAUGAUCGCGAAGCGCUUAUGCGGUUGAGACACCCCGUUGAUCGGGUCGGCUCGUCUGGUGCUCCGCAGAUUCAACUGCAGCCUACACCACCCACGUCGAACUCGCACUCGAAUUCGAAGCAGUGCGAGGUCGAAAACAUUAUGCCGCCUCUGCCUUUCAACGAGUGGAUCCUCCGCAAGAACUACACCCGGGCCUACUUCCGCCCCAACUUCCUGCCUCCCAAGACCGAGUUCAAGUCGCUCGAAGACAUCAGCGUUCCUGUCCUUCCUCCUACAACCGUUCUCGAACGUGGUAUGGUCAUCUCCCCAGCUAACCACGAAGAUGGGAUGGCCUGCCCGCCAGUUAUCGACGUAGACGUCGCCGCCGACCAUGACAUGGAUGAGACGGAUAAACUACUAUUCGGGUUGGCCACAUCUGCCGAUCGCUUGGACCGCUUGCUUCCUUCUCUUCUGUACUCUUAUGGAAACACCAAGGCUGGUGUUAUUGUUCUGGUUCCCAACUCCGAUGACGACAUCGCGAAGCAGGAGACCUAUUUCCGUAACCGUGGUCUCGAUUUGAGGUUGAUCAAGUCGCCCCUGGAUUUCACUGCUCGCUACUUCGGUCUCGUCCAGGCUUUCGCUGAGAUCAUCCGAACUGAGCGACCCCAAACCAAGUGGCUCGGCUGGAUUGAUGAUGACACUUUCUUCCUUUCCCUGCCGACUAUCGCUCACGAAUUGAAACUGUUCGACGUGAACAAGAAGCACUACAUUGGUGCCCUCUCUGAGGCUAGCUGGCAGGUAGACAACUUCGGCCACAUUGCCUUCGGAGGAGCAGGAGUGUUCGUUUCCAAACCCUUGCUCGAUACUCUCGAAACCUACUACGAUGAGUGCCAGUCCUGGGGUGAACAACCCGGUGACCAGAAGCUUGGGCAGUGUAUCCAGAGAUUUGGUGAUACUCACCUGACCCUCUGGCCGUCUCUAUACCAGAUGGAUAUGCAAGGUGAUGUCGAUGGUGUAUACGAAUCCGGUCGCAAGAUCGAAUCUCUCCACCACUGGAACAGCUGGUAUACUAAAGAUGUCGUCAAGAUGACUUCCGCUUCUGCGGCUGCUGGUCGCCGAUCUAUCCUUCGUCGCUGGGUCUUUGACCAGGAGGAAAUCAUCAACAACGCCACCGGAAAGUCUAUCCGCACCUUUUGGGUUUUGACCAACGGGUAUUCUCUUGUCAAAUAUACUUAUGAUGAGAACACUCCCGACGAUGCGAUCGACUUCGAUCACACCGAGAAGACAUGGGAGGAAGACCCUCGAGGCUACGAAGCCCGCUUAGGACCUCUGCGCCCUAAGGACCACCCUGGAGUUACCAAGGACAGGUGGCUCUUGCGGGAAACAUUUGUCGUUGGCGACAAUGUUCAUCAGUGGUAUGUGCGUGAGGAAGAUGAAGGCCACAGUGUCAUUGAGAUCGUGUGGCUCGGUCCCAAGGGUGGCGGUGGUGCUGGUGUUAGGGAUUUUGCUGUCAACAUCCACUAA